AUGUGGUCAAUUGGCUUACAUUUAUAUUACCGUACCAUCUAUCUACAGUUGAUGUGCCCCAAUCGACCCUACGGAAGGAAACCACUGCACGUGAAAUUCAGGACACGACUGUUUGACGCGAACGGUUACGAUGUGUGUGCCUGCAAAUUCGGGUCUGUGUAUGGCAUGUGCAAGCGGCGCACCAAAAGAUAUCUCAACAAGGUGUUCCCGGACAGGCAAAAGACAGGCAUGAAAGACUGGCUAUACAAGUACAAGGCUCCCGACCACGAGUUCUUCCACACAGAGUACAUGAAUGAUACCAGGACACUCGAACUGGCCAAGGAAUGGGAACUGCAACAAGACACAGCUCAGGCGGUGUAUCACGAUAGGGCGGCUAACCACGGGCGCCGCAAACACGAUCAUCAGCAGUGAUAGCGAGUGGGGUAGAUAUACACAUGCAUGAUGCAAGAGCAGCCGAUUCCACUGUUUACCCGGCGUAUCCAUGGACUAGCUCGAGUAUGAUCGCGAUGCACCGAAUGUGUACAUCAAUGCCAAACAAUGCCUCCAGCGAGUCUGAUUAUUUGGUAUCCCAUAUAGAACGGAUGUGCUCACAAACACUCUUAGAUUGAUGUUAUGGGCAUGGGGAAGGGCUUCCCACAUCGGUGAUGUACAGUCGGCUCUCCAGGUCUCCGCGCAGGACCACUUCUCAAGUAGGUCAUGCGCAAGAAAGAAUAGGAAUGCAUGGCAAUACUAUCGAACGCACGCCACGCUUCACCCUUCGAGAAUGGGCAUGAUCAGCACAAACGCACGGUGAAGGAGAAGUGGGAUGUGGCUAAGACAGACAGGCUAAACAGUAGGCGUCUAUCUAUACAGCCCAGCGAUGCUCGCUUUGCGAGUGGCUAGUAUGCUAUUGGGGCCAAGACUGCUCCCCCUGUAUAAUGUAUCACCGUCUUAUGUUCUGAGCCAGAUUGUAUCCCUCAGAUAGCAUGUGUUCUAUUAACAAAGAAACCGUACGAUGAAUUCAAACAAUCUCGCCAUACCACAGUGGUUGUAUACGGUAUACGA